UUACCUUGGUAGCACCAAACAACACAUUUCACUGUCCAAACUCAAAACCUUCUUCUCUCUUCUUCCCCGGCCGAUCACUCUCUCUCUCUCUCUCUCCUCCCCUCUCUCCGACUCUGCGAGACCCGAGCGAUCCGAUUCACACCAUGUUCCGCCGCGCCACUACUUUGCUGGGUCGUCCCCUUCUCGGCGCCAGGUCUCGCCGUUUCUCGACGGAUCUCCCUGCCGCUACGGCCGAAGAUUCCCAGUUCGUUGGGGCAUGGAAGAAGGUCGUUCCUAACUUGGAGCCACCCAAGACUCCACUUGCGUUCAUGACCCCUCGCCCUCCUACUCCCUCUUCGAUCCCAUCCAAGCUCACGGUCAAUUUCGUGCUUCCUUACUCGUCGGAAUUGUCCGCGAAAGAGGUUGACAUGGUCAUAGUACCAGCAACAACUGGGCAAAUGGGUGUUCUUCCUGGACAUGUAGCUACAAUUGCAGAGUUGAAGCCUGGCAUUCUAUCUGUGCAUGAUGGGAAUGAUGUGACCAAGUACUUUGUGAGUAGUGGCUUUGCUUUCGUCCAUGCGAACUCUGUUGCUGAUAUAAUAGCUGUUGAGGCCGUGCCAGUCGAUCAAAUUGAUGCCAGCCUAGUCCAAAAGGGUCUCCAAGAAUUCACUCAGAAGCUGAGCUCUGCCACAACUGAUCUGGAGAAAGCUGAAGCUCAGAUUGGGAUUGAUGUCCAUAGUGCGCUCAACGCUGCCCUUUCAGGUUGAGUUCUGUCAGGCUUUCCUGCGGAAUAGGUUAUUCUCACCUCUGCCAUUUGCCAUUGAUUUUUGUUUUGUGUAUUGAGAAGUCGCUAAUGAACAUUUGAAUCUUGUAUUACCUUGUUGAAAGUGGAAUUUGGUGAAAAUAAUCUUUCAAUA